GAGAGAGAGGUUUCUCAAGCACGAGGUUAGCUCUUUAUUUUAUUAGGUUAGUUUCUGUACCAUUUUGAAUGAGGUAGAGCGUAUAUAAAAUUUGUUCUUAAUUAAAUCAACAAAAUGGAGUAUAUUACAGUUCAUAAUGCGGAGGAAGAAAAAGCGAUAAUCUUAUGUUGUGAAUGUGGAACACCAAUUGAGCCAAAUCCUGCCAACAUGUGUGUAGGAUGUUUACGUACUCAUGUUGACAUUACAGAGGGUAUCCCAAAACAAGCAACUUUACAUUUCUGUAAAGGCUGCGAAAGAUAUCUUCAACCACCUGUUGAAUGGAUUCAUGCUCCAUUGGAAUCAAAAGAACUCAUGUCAAUAUGUCUGAAAAAGUUAAAGGGACUAAACCGUGUAAAGUUGGUAGAUGCCAGUUUUGUAUGGACAGAGCCACAUUCCAAAAGAUUAAAAGUAAAGCUGACUGUCCAUGGGGAAGCAAUUGGAGGUGUGGUUUUACAGCAAGUAUUUGUGGUAGAAUAUAUUGUGAAUCAUCAAAUGUGCGAUGACUGCCACCGUGCAGAGGCUAAAGAUUAUUGGCGUGCAUCUGUGCAAGUUCGGCAAAAGGCUAUAAACAAGAAAACUUUUUUCUACUUAGAACAACUCAUAUUAAAACAUAAAGCACAUGAGCAAACACUUGGUAUAAAGCCCAUUCAUGAGGGUCUAGAUUUUUUCUAUGCAAAUGAAGCCACAGCUAGAAAAAUGGUUGAUUUUCUACAAACAGUCAUACCAUGCCGUUACCAGCACUCAAAAAAAUUGAUAUCACAUGAUAUUCAUAGUAACAUAUACAAUUACAAAUUUACAUAUAGCGUUGAAAUCGUUCCUGUCUCCAAGGAUAGUGUAGUCUGCCUGCCACGAAAAUUAACUCAACAGUUAGGUGGAAUCACUCCCAUUUGUUUGGUAUAUAAAAUUACAAAUUCUGUGCAUCUUAUAGACGUUUCAUCGGGACAAAUUGCUGAAGUUAGUGCAACUGUCUACUGGAGACAUAGUUUCAAGAGUAUAUGCAAUCCGAAACAAUUAACGGAAUACAUCGUGAUGGAUAUUGAGCUGAUAAAACACGAAGACAAAAAGAUUUUUCCAGGACAAGGAUCCAUCUCUAAUAAACACGUCAUAGCGGAUGUAUGGCUGGUGAAAGCAUCGGAAUUAGGAAUAAACGAUAACUCAACUCACGCACGUACACAUUUAGGGCAUGUACUUAAACCCGGCGAUUCAGUCCUUGGAUACACCUUGAAAGAUAGCAAUAUUAACGAUGCUAACUUCGACAAGCUGAAUGGAGAUACAAUACCUGAUAUCAUUUUGGUGAAGAAAUUUUACGGUUACGAUAAAGCUGCUCGUCGCAGAGCAAGAGUUUGGAAGUUGAAACAUAUUGCCGACGAAGUAGUUAGCAUGAGUACCGAAAAUAACGAAUAUAAUGAAUUUCUGGAUGAAUUGGAAGAAGAUCCGGAACUGAGGCAGAACAUCAACAUAUUUAGAGACCCGAGGAAACAGAUUCCUGUUGAUACUAACGAGAUAGACCCGAGCAUUCCACAAAUUACACUCGAGGAAAUGCUCGACGAUCUUGUACUUGAGGAUGUUGAAAUGUCCGAAGUUUAAUAAAUAUAUAUAUCUUAUAAAAUAAUUUGUUGUAUUCUCUAAGAAAUACAAAUUGUUCGAAAAAAUA